AUGGCUAUGGCAGCCACACAAGUGUCCAGGAUUUACACACUCCAGCAGCCUCAUCCAACUUUGCCUAGAUUUUCCCCUCAUCGAACUGCUCUCCCCACGACGCCAUUCAGGAAUCUCUCACUUGUUCGAGCUUCGAAGCCUGGAAGAGAAAACACAAAUGAUCCCGAUUCUGCAACCUUCAUUUCUUCGGGGGACUUGAAUUACUUUCUGAGAUUAGGAGCUGGUUCUCUUGCUGGUGCAGCUGCAAUUAAGUAUGGAAGUAUCAUAUUCCCAGAAAUAACACAGCCCAACAUUGUGCAGGCACUGGUUAUGAUAACUACUCCAGUUAUUGUAGCUGUCGUUCUUCUGAUCAAGCAAAGCCGUGUAGAUUGA